CAGGAAAGAAACACACCAACACAACACAAUAAGCUACCUGGCGCCAAAAUGAGCUCUUCUGAUGAACGCAAAUGGAUCGCUAUUUCCAUCGACAGCAAACCAGAUAGCGAUUCUGCUGCAGACAUUCUUCAGCAGCGUAGUAAUAUCGUCCCAAUCCCUUCCUGCAUCUUCAAAGUCCCAAGAAGCCUCUCCACCUCCUCCUCCAAGCCUCAAUACUUCUCCCCUCAGAUCAUCUCCUUUGGGCCAUACCAUCAUUCAAGGCACGAUCUUCUUCCAAUGCAACCCUUCAAACUCGCCUUGGCCAAAUUCGCGCUCGCUAACUCCCAAUUCCCUCCACCAACUUUCCCAGAACUCGUCCGAAUGCUCGAACCACUCGUCCCGGAUAUCCGCCAAUGCUACCGCGAUCAUCUGACGGCGGACGACUCCACUGUGGCAGAGAUCAUGGCCGUGGACGGGCUUUUCCUUCUGGAAUUGUUCUGCUUUAACGGCGGCAACCUCCCCAGUUUUGGGAAUAGCAGGGUUUUCCUCAGCUCGCAAUCCAGGCGGCGAAUUGAACUUGGGUUCUACAGAGACGUGAUGAUGGUCGAGAACCAGAUACCCAUUUUCGUCCUGCAAGACAUCGCCACGACGAUUGGCGGGGAAUACAAAUCAUCGGGCGUACUGUCUUCGGGUUUGAUUCAACUUUGCCGGAGAGUCUCGCCGCUGGAGCUUAAAUCGAGCUACCCGCUGCAGGAAGUAGACGAUGCCGAGCCUCUCCAUCUGUUGGAUCUGCUUUACAAUCUAAUUCUCCUGAAACGUGUCGAGAAGAAUGAGGAGGAGGAUCCGGAUCCUCAACUCGGGUUUCUGGAAUCCGUUUACCAUCUACAACAUCCGUUGGUUCUCGCCUUCUUAUGGCCCGUCAAACUUCUCUCCCUCUUCGUCCCCAAAAUCCUGUCCGCCGUUCCAAUCCUCAACAACCUAAUAGAUCUCAAUGUGAAGAAGGUGGCAGCGCCAAUCAUCUCAUCGGCGUCCGAGCUUAAAAGGGCUGGGGUCAAAUUGCAGGCGGCGUCAGGGAGCGUCAGGGACAUUAGUUUCAGGAGCAGAACUCUGGCAAUCCCCAAGUUCACGUGGAACCCUAUCUGCCAAGUGAUCCUCCAAAACCUCGUGGCCUACGAAUCCAUGGCGAAAUACGAAGAGGAUACUUUGAUCCUGACCCAGUACGGGAAAUUGAUGGACGGGCUGAUUAGGAGCGAGGCGGACGUGGGAUUGCUUAGAGAGGCGGGGAUUGUUGUUUGUGGAGACCAAGACAUUGUGGAUGUUGUAUCGGCGUUCAGUGGUAUAGGGGAAUCUAUAGGGAUAAAGGACAAGGGGCCUAUGGGAACGGUGAGGGAUUUGAGGAUCUUCCAUGCCAAUAGCCAUAAUUUGAGGACGUUUUUCUGGGUUUGUGUUGUGGUCCUAGUGGUGGCAGCCAUUGUUGAAGUGUACUCUCUGGAGAAAGAUCCGUCGGGCUCGACCAUACCGAUAUUGGGAUUAGGAAGACUAGUUCAUCCCGCCGGCUCCUGGCGGUCCAGCAAAGUCUUGGCAGCGAUAAUCCAGUCGUUUAAGAUCAUUAAUUUGGCUGGACCUUUCACUACUAAGUCCACCAUUUUAAGCCACUAAUUAAAUCUGUUGUUCUGUUAUGAUUUAUGAAACCCAGAGCCAAAUAACAUAGAGGUCAAUUUGUUCCACAUUUUUCAUUAAAUAUUUUAAAUAAUUUGUAUUAGUGAUUUUCAAUGAUCUCUAACUUUAUAUUUGUGUUAUCUCUGACUUGUCACAUCCUUGAGAAACCUACACUCUUAGCUUGUAAGUUGUAACCUUAGUGUUCCACCUGCUUAGCACCACUCAAGUGGACUUGACUACCUCCACCCACCAAUUGGGAUCGUAUUGCGAGUGUAGAGGGGAAGUGGUGGAGGCGGCAGCCGUGGUAGACCCGUCGCUGGAUGUCAGCAAGACAAGCACUGCAGACAUGUUUUUGAAGAUCCAGAGGUUCUGAAAGCUCGUCCUUCUGAGCAACAACGACGACAAGGAGAAAUUGGCUUUUGCUCGUUUACCUUAUGCGGGCGCGCGCUUGAACGAAUGAUGGAUAUGGAGGAGCCGAAUCGUAGACGGCUCUGAGGCUUGAACUUUUGGUGAAGUUGCUUGUUAUGGUUCUACGAAUUAGGGACUUAUAUUUUGUAUAUGUGAUUGGUGUGCGGAUAUGAACUUGAUUGAUGAAUUGCAUGUUUGGUCCUUCAGAUUAGCAUGGUAAAGGAAACCGUACCGGAAGUCAUACCGGUUCCGCCAGUAGUAGGGUAUUUUGUGGUACUACCGUGGUUCAACCGUUGUGUACCGGCAAAAUACCGUUUUUAUAAUUAAAUAAUAUUUUUUUGUUAAAAAAUCGUACCGGCAGAUUUGUGAUACCGUUUCGGAAUAAUACCGGAAUAAAACCGAAAUAUACCGGAUAACAAGAAGCAUUAUUAAUACCAUAAUGUUUAGUUAGCCAUUAUUGUAUGAAAAAUGUUAACGAUAAAAAGAGGGUGAACUUUUUAUAUCAAUUUUGAUUUCUUAAUAAUAUCAAUAUAAGUCUCUAACAAAUAUUUAAUAAUCAUUUAUGUGCAUAUAUGAGAUUGUGACCGGUUCAAAUAAUUAAUCAUGUUAUUUUAUGACUUAUUUAUUUAUUUCUUUCUUUUUUGCAUUUUAAAGUUCCUGCCUAUUUCCCCUUAUCUCUCCGCUUGCCACAAAUCCCCCACUCUCUCUUCUCUCUCCAACUCUCUCUUCUCACCAGUUACUAACCAGAGGAAAAAGGCUAUGCUCUUCAUUCUUUUUCUUCUUCAGAUCAUUACCUUCUUCAACAUGCAUGUAGGUUUUUUCCAUUAGAUCUCAAAAUAGAUUAGCAAAUCCAAAAAUAUGACUCAUCAAUCCCUCUUUCUCCUUUCUCUCUCCCCUCUCCGCCUCUCACCCCUCUUCGACCCAUAGAGGCAAAAUAAAGCUCUAUUCUUUUCAUUUUUACAACAUGAAUAUUCCUCUCUUUGCUAUGCAUGUGGCUUUUGCAGGAGGAAUAGACAACGGUUGGGCUGCUGAGUGUUGACCCCAAUUCAUAGGGGCAGCGGACCUCAAUCAUGGCGGCAACGGGAGGCGAUUAAACUUCCGACCGGCCAGGGAGAGGAGCUGCUUCUCUUGCCUGUAGAAGCGAGAGGAGGAUCACCGGGUCGCCGAUCGCAGUUGGAGAAGAAGAGGAGGGAGGACGGUCCUGGUCGCCAGCAGCAGCAAACAAAAACGAUGACUGCGGCCGAUGGAUUUAGGGUUUUGUUUUUGAGGCUUCGGCCGAUUUUUCUUUUCCUAAUACCAAAAUGAUGUCGUCGUGUUCUUCCCAGCAGCUUACCCCCGGUUAGACCAAAACCGGGCGGUUUUUUGAAUUAAACCGGUUUUACCGGAAAAACCGGCCGGAACGGCUCCUUCACUACAAAACGGCUACCGUAUCGGCCAGGCGCCGGUUUCCGAUUUUACCGGUUCAACCGGCCGGUACGAUCCGGUUUCCUUUACCAUGCAGAUUAGUAAUUUGUUUGUUGCUUACUGAAUAUUCAUUGUCAUCAAACUUCUUUGACAUAAUAGAUUUUUUUUAUGACACGACGAAUGAAUGUUUUAAGUUGAA